AGCUCGGCUGAUGCGGUGAACUUCGUUGACGUAGGUCAUGAACUUAGGUGUCUGCGAACCUUAUGCACACACAUUCUACCCAGCAUUCCACCCGAACAACAAGCCGCCCGUCUCUAUCGCUCAUCAUGGCAUCCUUCUUCAGCGCAACCAAAACGGCAAAGCCUCAGUCAUACCCGCUCGCGCGGAAUGUUACCCUCCGGACUGUCCUCACUAUCCUCCACGACCAUGCUCUUCUUGCGCGGAUCUUCUGGCCUGGCGAGCCAGCUUCUGCACUGCUACACGACGAGAACACCUCGCCGUAUCACGAGGGCGACACAUCAACAUCCCUGACUAUCGGGCCACCCUCCACGAGUUCCAAAGUCCUGUUGACUACGCUUCGUGAUGGGGCGAAGUGCACGGAGGAACUGCCCCUGGGCAUCACGAUCACUGUUACUUACACUGUCACAACUCGCGACGGUGACGAUGCGGAAGAGAAAUCCACCAACAGCACAGACGACACGCUUACCGGAAUCGCCAAAUCAGGUCUUGACCGGGUUUCCUUGCGUGAGGAGAGGACAGUAGCGGCAUUCAGGCCGGUCAUGCCGCUCGUUAAGUGCAAGGAUGAAGUCACGGUGAAGACAAGGAACCUGCUGCGCGUGAUGGAGGCAGUGGGAAAGGGCGAGGACGUUGAGGUUGCCGUGGAGGGGUUGGGUGAGGGUGGCCUUGGUGGAGCGUGUGAUGGUGCUAGUAGCGCUGAUGGUGAUGUGGGGGCGGAGAAGUGCAAAGCUGAGUGAGGUGGGGGCGGGUAGUUUAUCGGAGUUUUUGCUGUUUGGAUGGGUUAAGAUUGAGGAGCUGAAUGUUGCUGAUUCUGAGAGCUUUUCGAUGCUGGUUCAUAUCUGCGGAUGAGGCCUCCAUGUUACUAUUUGCGGUGGUGGGUUUUACUGCUUUCGCAAACAGGCGAGAAUGGAUGUGGAGAUCAUGGGGAGGGGAGCGGGGUUGGUGGGUCUACUGUCGCUUCGUAAUCACAUAUCAGUCGGUCUGGUACUGUAGUUUUGCUAUGACUUUCCCGUGAUAGCUUAGAGGCUGCUUGGGAUUCUGGUAAUUGUUGCGAGACAAGUCAUAAGGUAGAUUUCAAUUAGUGAAAGUACUGCG